UUUAUUUCUCCCUCUUGUCCCAUCCGCAAAUUUAUAAUUUCCUUCCUUUUUCUUUUCAUUUUCUUUUCAUUUCACUAUAACAUAUACGCCUUGUUUUUCUUCUACUUUUCUCUCUAUUUCCUUUUUUCCUUUACUCCUUUCGACAACAACAUAGACAAGUUUCCUCUCACGCACAUAUACACACACAGGUCAAACAAGCACAGCACAGCACAUCAUAGCACAUCAUAGCACAGAAAUGAAGGUCAAGGUGUUAAAACUAGCAGCCUACUACCUGCAAUUCAACCUCGCGCUAGGAAAUUUCAUCCUUGGUCCCGGGCUCGGGCUCGCACCCAGCGACCACAGCAGUAAGGUGAACGCAUGGCUACAGCAAGCGGCGCAAGAGCCGCCAGCCAUCCCUGCCACGCACACCGACCCAGCCUACCACUACACGGCAGUAAAAUUUGCAGCAACUUUGCCCAUAGACGACCAAGCGCUUGAGUACGCUGCGCUGACCGGAUGGGAGCACAUCGGUGGAUUGGGCUCUUUGCCUCGGUACCGUGUGUUUAGGCAGAAGAAGGAUCUUGUGGUGGCGGGUGAUUCUUCGGUGGUGGAAGCGCAUGGGAGGAUGCAUCGGAGGGCGGGAGACACUUUGGGUGUUGAGCAUGUUGAGAUGAUGGGAAACAAGAGGAGGCUGGUUAAGCGUGGGUUUGGAGAGCAGGGGCAGAAUGCUGCCGUUGAAGCCACGACUUGGCGCGAGAUUGCUGAUCCGAUGUACGCGCAGCAAUGGCAUCUGGUCAAUGCCAUUGAGCGCGGCCAUGACAUCAACGUAACAAGCGUAUGGCACGAAGGUAUCACUGGCGUUAAUGUUACGGUUGCGCUGAUCGACGACGGGCUGGACUACUCCAGUGAGGACCUGAUCAACAACUUUGACUACCGCGGCUCCUACGACUUCAACGACAACACCAAACUGCCGACGCCGCGGCUCGUCGAUGACUACCACGGCACGCGAUGCGCCGGGCAAAUUGCCGCCGCCCGCAACGAUGUCUGCGGCGUCGGCGUCGCCUAUGGUGCGCGCGUCGCCGGCAUCCGCAUGCUCUCGCGCGAAGUCACCGACCAGGACGAGGUAUCUGCGCUGAACUACGCAAUGGACACCAACGCCAUCUACUCGUGCUCCUGGGGGCCCAACGAUGACGGAGCAACAGUACAAGGUCCGAACAAGUUGGUCGAGGAUGCAUUCAUCAAUGGCGUCGAGAACGGCCGCCAGGGCCUCGGCUCGGUGUUUGUCUUUGCCACAGGUAAUGGCGGCAGUGCUGGGGAUAACUGCAAUUUUGACGGGUACACGAACUCCAUCUACACUAUUUCCAUCGGCGCCAUUGACCACCAGGACAAGCACCCGUACUAUAGCGAGCAGUGCAGCGCACAGCUGGCCGUCACGUACAGCAACGGCGAUGGCCGCGGCAUUGUGACGACUGACUUGGGGCUGCGCGCCUGCACCAACAAGCACGGCGGCACGUCAGCGGCCGCCCCCCUGGGCGCCGGCAUCUUUGCGCUGGCGCUCUCGGUGCGGCCAGACCUGACCUGGCGCGACGUCCAGCAUGUGGCGGUGCGCUCCGCAGUGCCGGUUGAUCUAGGCGACGGCGACUGGACGGCGGUGUCGCAGGGCCGGCGAUACAACCACAAAUAUGGGUUUGGAAAGAUGGACGCCUGGCGCAUUGUCCAGGAGGCCAAGGCCCUGGUGCACGUCGGCAAGCAGACAAGGAUCGAGGUGGCGCGGGAUGAUGCCGAUGAGCAGAUUCCGCCACUGGAGCAGCGUGGCGGCGAAAGCAAGGGGAUCGUCCGGUCUGUCGAGAUCACGCCGGAGCAGGUGCAGGCGGCAGAUAUGCGCGGGAUCGAGCACGUCACGGUGAUGGUGGAUAUGGAGCAUCAGUUCCGUGGCAACGUCGAGAUCUGGCUCGAGUCUCCGCACGGUAUCAGGUCGCAGCUGGCCGCCAUGCGCCAGCGCGACAGCAGCACGGAGGGGCUUAAGGGGUGGCGGUUCAUGAGUGUCAAGCACUGGGGCGAAGACCCUGUUGGCACCUGGUCGCUGCACGUGCGCAACGCAUACAAGCCCAAGUACGCGGGCAAGCUCAAGGCCUGGCAACUCACUGUGUUUGGCGAAAGCACCGAGCACGAAGAACGGGCCGAACCCCCUGCCACCAACUCCACCACUCCCGUGACUGAGCCGGUCCCCAGCAACACUCCCAUUGGCAGUGGUGGCGCCGAGCGCGUCAGUCAGCCGUCCUUGGAGAACGAUGGCGCGGGAGCCGGCACCGGCAUUAUGCGCAAGAGCGUCGCGCUGCUGCUGUCCGCGCUGCUGUUUGUUGCCGGCGGCGUCAUGAGCGCGCUCGGCGUGCUGUUCUUCAUGUGUCGCCGCGAGCGCCGUAUGUCCUCGGCGCGGUGGACGGCGCUGGACACGAUGCAGAACGACGACGACGAGGCGUUUGGGUACACGGGCAGCCGCCGUCAGUUUGUCGUUGACCGCCCCGAGGACGUGUUUGAGUUUGACGAUAUGGUCACGGACAACAAUGCGAUGGAGCAGCAGCAGCGUGGAGGCGAUAUGGAUGAUAUGGAUGAUAUGGAUGGCAGGACGCAGGCGGCGGAGUCGAGUAAAGGCUCGGGAGAGCGGUUUGGAAAGGAUCAUGGGGAAAGCGACCGCCUUGUUUAAAACUAAUCUGGUAAUUUGAAGAGGAGAGGGAAGGCGCUCAGACAUUAGUGUGCUCUCGUGCUUUCUCUUUUUAAUAGCAUUGAUGCAUAGAUGCGUGCGUGCAUGUGCGAGUGCAUGACCAGUAGUGGCAUUGUGCACCUUUUUUCCUUAUAGAAUGUGGCGAAUGCGAAAUAAGAGUAUAAAUUCUUUGGUUAACAGUGGAAUAAUUUUAUAUUUGUUUACAUUUUUUUAGCCAGGAACGCUUUUCAUUUGUUCUCUGAUAUAAAAAGAACCUUUUUUAUUUGCUCAUGAAACUUUCGGUGCGCACUUGGCCAGAAAGUAAAGAUGUCAUUGUCGUUGAAUAGUAGAAGAAAUCAAAGGGAAAAUAGUUUUGUUUUUCUUUUCCUUUUUAUUUGUAUUACUAUUUUUACUCUUUUUCUUACCCCCUACCCUGC